AUGUCCGUGCUGGAGUCACAACCCACACCUUCUCAGGCCUCCGGACAGUCGCAGCCCCGCCAGCCCCAGGACUGCCUCGCGUGCCGGGUCAUCGGCACCGCUGCGCUCGGUGGAGUCGGAAUCUAUGCCCUCAACCAGUCCCGCGCGCACCAGCCCGGCUCAGUCGUAGGCAAGCGCAUCGUCGCCGGACUGGGAGUCUGCUUUUUGGUCGCGAGUGCGCUGCGCUGGUCGAAAUAG